AUGCUUCCGGAGCACAUGGGCGUCGAAUUACACGGAUUCGCAGACGCUUCGAACCGCGCUUACGCUGCGGUCGUCUAUUUAAAAAUCCUACGGUCGCCUGGUGAAGUUUCGAUUACUUUGUUAACGGCUAAAUCAAAGGUAGCGCCAAUUAAAACGAUUAGUGUUCCGCGACUAGAAUUAAACGCGAUUGUCUUACUAACACGCUUGCUGGAAUCAGUGCAGAAUUCAUUAGACCUAAAACAUAUCCCGACGUACGGAUGGUCGGAUUCUUCCGUCGCUCUCGCUUGGCUCCAAGGACAUUCUUCGAGAUGGAACUCGUAUGUCGCGAAUCGCGUAUCGGAAGUACAAACGCGUCUUCCGUCCAUUAAAUGGAAUCAUGUUCCGUCUAAAGAAAACCCAGCGGAUUGCGCGUCUCGAGGCUUAUCGCCCGCGGAAUUCCGAGAGUUUGAACUUUGGUGGUCUGGUCCCGCUUGGUUACACGCACAUUCUCCCGCAUGGCCGAACCGAAAUAAAUUCCAAGCUCAGCUCGAUACUAAUCAAGUUUUCAUUGAGUCCGAAUCUCGCAAAAUUAACGUGUGUCUCAUACAAAAGAUACAAGAAUGGGAAUUGCCGAACGAAGUUUCCACAUUCACAAAAUUAGUUAGAGUCACCGCGUACGUAAAACGUUUUGUCUUCAACUCCCGAUGUCGCGUUUCCGGACUAGACAAAUGCAACGGAAGGCUAUCCGCGUCCGAACUCAAGGGUGCGUCCGUGUUUUGGCUGCGUUACGUGCAACACAUCAGCUUCUCGUCCGAAUUCCACGCUCUAAGCAACUCCGGGUCGAUCGCCAAAUCUAGCGCGUUACGAUCUCUUCACCCCUUUCUCGGGGAGGAUAAAUUAAUCCGCCUUGGCGGGCGGAUCGAAAACUCAUCGUUAACUUAUAACGAGCGUCAUCCGGUUGUAUUACCGAAACACCGAAUUUCGGAUCUAUUAAUUGCGCGCGCGCAUAAAGAUUCUCUUCACGGCGGCACACAACUGACCCUCCGAAUCCUGCGUCAAAACUACUGGAUUCUUUCGGCCCGCACUAGCGUCAAAUCGCAUAUACAUAAUUGUGUAAGAUGCGUCCGUGAACGCGCGCUCACGAUGCAGCAACUAAUGGGGAACCUUCCCAAACCUCGCGUCUCCCCAUCGGCCCCGUUCUCGCACACGGGCGUCGAUUACGCCGGACCUAUGAAUAUAAUCCCGACGGUCGGUCGAGGACAACGCACACGGAAAUAUUACGUUGUGGUGUUCAUCUGUCUUGCGACUAAAGCGAUUCAUCUAGAGUAUGUGGAUGACUACGCUACCGCCGGGUUUCUCGCCGCGUUCAAACGAUUCGUAAGUCGUCGCGGUCUACCGUCCGAUAUCUAUAGCGACAACGGAACUAAUUUCCAAGGUGCUGAUCGCGAGUUAGCGAUCGCGUUUCAGCGAUUGGUCGCUGACCCUCAGCUCCAAGACUCCAUUGCUACCGACAAUAUUACUUGGCAUUUUAUACCUCCCGCUGCUCCACAUUUUGGUGGACUUUGGGAAGCCGGCGUAAAAGGAUUAAAGUAUCACCUUAAAAGAAUUAUCGGGUCUCGCACGUUAUCGCAACUCGAGUUCGCUACGUUACUGUGUCAAAUUGAGGCAUGUUUAAAUUCACGACCUAUCUCUGCGUUACAUGACGAUCCGACUGAUUUUUCCGUCUUAACCUCGGGUCACUUUUUGAUCGGUCGUCCGUUGGUCUGUCCCCCUGAGGAAUCGACUUUAGACAUCGACUCAAACCGAUUGUCGCGAUGGCAACAAGUACGCGCUAUACUCGAGAGGAUCUGGCGAACGUGGUCAUCUGAUUAUUUGCACACGCUGCAACAAAGGCAGAAAUGGCGGGAGAAUCAACCUGAAUUAAAGGUCGAUGAGUUGGUCCUCUUAAAAAAUAAUUCCCUGCCACCGUCUAAGUGGGAACUCGCUCGAAUAAUCGAGGUCCAUCCUGGAGCAGAUCAUCACGUUCGCAUCGUCUCGUUACGCACCGAGAAAACGAAACUAAAACAACCAAUUACGCAGAUCUGUCGACUACCUAUCCACCGUGACGCCGACUCUUAA